CCCUGGACCCCAGGUUGCGCUGCAUCAGCCGCCCCGAGGGCCGCUUCGUGGGCUUUGGGUUGGGGAUCGGGGUGUCGUCGUCGUCUUCGGUCUGCUCGAUGGCUUUGGAUGUGCUGGGCUCGCCAGCCUCGUUGCGCGGGGUGGGAGCCUCGUCCUCGCCAUCUUCGAGCUCCGAGAGCUCCGACUCAUCGUCGUCGGCCAGAGCAGCGGAGGCGGAGGUGGACGCGCGAGAGGCAGAGGCUCGAAAGGGCGUGCGCUUGUUCGUGGACGCGCUGCGUUUGGUGGUGGUGGUUGCGGCUGGUUUGGCCGCAGCUUGUUUCGCCUUCGACUUGGUCGACGGCGCCUCAGUCGCCUUCGCGCUGCGCUUGGUGGAUGCUGCAGUCGGCUUAGCAUACGCUGCCGUGCGCUUCUUGAUUUCUUUGGAUUGCGAUGGACCAUGCCUAAUGGAUUGCGAUGGGCCCGCUAAUUCCGGUGUGGGCGAUCUCGAUGCUGAGGGGAAGGUGCCGUUGGUGGUGGUUUGGGGCGAGGGCGAGGGGCACAGAAUGGGAAUUGGGUGUGCGAAGGCCAGGAGUGCGUGCGAUGUAGAGGAACGGGUACGUGAGAUGCGGGGGAACGCCACUGAUCAGGACGACGCGCCAGGAUGCCGAGAGAUCUGCCCAACUACCCAACGAACGAAGGACGCGUUCCCGCAAAGAAGGUGCAACGACCAUAGAUCUACGCGCUGGACAGCACACCCGCGGACCAUGUAUGCGUAGCCCUUGAGAGGUGCGAUCUAGCUCCCCAUCUACGCCCAGUGCCCAACACUUCCCCCCAGUCC